AUGCGGCUCGCCGCUCUCUCCGAGGCCUCUUAUCGACUGGAUGAAAUCGCUACCUGUGCCCGAGAUCAGCACUCAAGCCGAAACGUCAACCAGGUGAUCCAGAUGUAUGAUGAGUUUCUUUGCAGCCUUGCCGACAAGCACAUGCAAGUCCCCGAGGCUGCCAGCGGCGCGAGACACAGCGCUGUUGAGUUCUUCUCGGCCAUGGUCUACUGUGUGGUUCGUGCUGGCCGCUUCAACUUGGUAGAGCGGUUACUGGAUGAUAUGAUCACUCAGGGGGUCGCCCGCCCGCUGCAUUUCUAUGAGAGCACUAUGAAGCAGCUUGCGGGCGUGAAGAAGUACAAGCUGGCCUUGGCGGUCUUCGAUCGUCUCUCAGCGGAUGGCUUGCAACCUUCUUCAGUGACCUUGAGCUGUCUCAUCAACUUCGCAGUUGAGGUAGGUGAGCUGAACCGGGCCAUCCAAUUCUUCAAAGUUCUUGCCACUGUGAGCACGCCGUCUAUCAGGGCGUACAUGACUUUGUUGCGGGUGCACAGCAUGCGGCAGGAUUGGCCUGCAACUCUGUGGACCAUUCGUGACAUGAGACGUCGUGGUGUGGAGGUGGACACCCUGGCCAUGAAUGUGGCUCUGAGCACUGGCGUUGUUGCAGACCAAAUCGAGGAAGUUGAGGCCUUGUUGGCGGAGGCCCCAAGUGCCGACAUCGUGUCGUACAACACGCUGGCGAAAGGCUAUGCACAGCGCGGCGAUCUGGCAAAAUCCCAGCAGGUGUUGGCCAAGUUGCUGGAGCGAGGACUGCGGCCAAAUGCCAUCACCUUCAACACCGUGAUGGACGCAGCCAUACGCAGUGGAGAUAUCGGCCAAGCGUGGCAACUGCUGGACAGCAUGACAGGACGAGGGCUCCGAGCGGAUCGGUUCACCUGCUCCAUCCUCAUCAAGGGCUUGACAAAGCAUCCGUCGGAGGCACAUGUCAAGAGAUCGCUGACAUUGCUACGCCAGGUGGCCCCGCUGUGUGACAAGACGUUCCUGACCGGUGUGUUCCAAUCGGUUAUCGAUGCCUGUCAGGCUGUAGAUGAUGGCCAACAGUUGGCGAAGCAGGCUGUGCUAAAAGGAUUGCUUCUAUGCCUUGGCACACUGCCAAAUAUCUUCGAACAAGACAUUUGGGACCUGAAGGUGUUCGCCGAAAUGCGGCGCCUGGACGCCACUGCCAUCUCCCGUUCUGUGUCACAGCGCUCGGACCGAAGGCCUUCCCUCAGCUCAGGAGUCCACACACCGAGCGGCCAGCAAGGCGACUCAAGGGUGCUCUCCCAUGCAUCCGGCGACGGCGAGGCGAUCCCCGAGGAGGCCGUUCCUUGGCUUAUUCUGUUGGUCGCCGUGGGUGUGCCCUUGAGCUUCUGGGACAGCUCGCGAGCACUCCCUGUACAAUUCCUCAGCUUCUUCGGACAGCUUUUUGGCAGGACGCCUCCAGGUCGGAAGUCUGGACUCCGCCAGAAUGCCCCAUCGGCUGGAGCUCGUGUGAUGCUUUCAGAGGAUCGGCAGACGCGAGGUGAAGAUCCGUCGGUAGUGGAGGGCAGCUUGGAGGCACCAGCAUCGUGGCAGGACUUGCUGAAGGCGAUGACCCGACUGGAAGCAGCAAUGUCAUCGCAAGGCGGUGACAACACUGAGUACGCACAGAGUCUGGAUGAAGUAGCUCGCUUCGCUCAGCUUCUUGAGAAUGAUGCCAAAGAGAAUUCGGCAGCCUGGAGCAUCGACCUCCAGCCUUUGCGCCGCCUCUCGGGCAGUCUCCGCACAGCCCCGGAUGCCCCAGCACUCGACAAGACAAAGCGUUUGAUCUCGACUUUGAUCUCACGGUUCACCUCAAAAGACUCCGUCGACCCCGACCAGCUGUUGAAAGAGUUGGAGGAAGAGGCAAAGAGCGAUGCUCGCUUGCAGUCCAUGCU